AUGUCAACGGAAGAACAGGAAUGUGAACGCCACUUCCAAAAAACUCAUAGUCGCGAUGAACAAGGACGCUACGUUGUUAGAUUACCAUUUAAGGAUAAUACUGCCAAAUUAGGCGAUUCUCGAAGAAAAGCGGUCCAAAUGAUUAAAAGCUUAUCAAGAAAAUUUGCUUCAGAUCCAUCAUAUGCACAAUCCUAUUCUGAAUUCAUAAAUGAGUAUGAGAAAUUGCAACACCUGAAGCUCGUACAAGAAAACUCUAUAAAUUCGGAAUCUCAUCACCACUAUUAUCUUCCUCAUCACGGAGUCGUUCGUGAACACAAUCUAACAACAGAAUUAAGAGUAGUUUUUAAUGGACCUAGUCGCACGACCACGGGAGUUUUGCUGAAUGACUUAUUACACACAGGAGCAAAACUACAAGUUGACUUAUUUGACGUAUUAAUCUGGUUUAGACAAUUUUGUUACGUAUUCUUUUCAGACAUUGAAAAGAUGUAUAGACAAAUCAAAGUCAAUUCAGAAUAUUGGAACUUCCAACGAAUCCUAUGGAUCAAUCAAUCCAACGAUAUCAUCACGUAUCAAUUAACAACAGUAAUUUAUGGGCUAGCUUGUACACCAUUUCUUGCACUUCGAACGUUGAAGCAAUUAGUUGACGACGAGGGAGAUAAAUUUCCUCUUGCCAUUCAAGUCCUAACCAAAGGACGUUAUGUCGACGAUUUAUUCGGAGGAUCUGAUACCAUUCAACAAGCGCAAAAGAUAAUCAAGGACGUUAACCAACUCUACAUGGCGGGCGGAUUUCCACUACAGAAAUGGAUAAGCAGUCACCCGUCGAUCUUACAGUCAAUUCCAACGGACAAGCAAAUUACUACAUCAACUUUACCAAUUGAAGAAAACAUGACUGUUCACGCCCUCGGACUUAACUGGAAACCAACGACCGACACUUUCCAUUUCACUCUUCAGUUACCACCUACAAAGAAAAUAACUAAACGAUCAAUUCUUUCGACCAUUGCAAAGUUAUUUGAUCCUCUCGGACUGCUUUCACCAGUCAUCAUCAAAGCAAAAAUCAUUAUUCAGGAGCUAUGGUCUGUAAAACUUGACUGGGAUGAUCCCCUACCUUCUCUUAUAUCUAAUCGAUGGACUGCUUUUGUUGAACAACUCCAAGAAAUGCCAAAUCUAAGCUUUCCUCGUUGGUUAGGUUAUAAAUCCAAAUCUAAGUCCUCGUUGGUUAGGUUAUAA